AUGAUGGACGAAUUUAACGAAAAUAAAGCGCGACAACUAAUUUCCGAGGCGGAAAAAUCCUUGUCGUCACCUAAAAAUUUUUUGGUUGCUCUUUUUUCCAGGUGGGUAUUGUUACAGCUACAACUGAUAGCGAAGUUAACCCAUAGGGGCUGUGGAAAAGUGGAUGCUGCCGUUGAGCAUUACCGAGGAGCCGCUAAUUUGUUCAAAAUGUGCAAGAAUUGGGAGGAAGCCGGCAAAGCAUUUUGUAAGGCUGCAAAUUUACACGCGACAACUUGCUCUCGUCAUGAGGCGGCUUCCAACUACGUUGACGCUGCCGGCUGUUACAGGAAAACGAAUGUCAGCGAAGCGGUCAACUGUUUAUUGGAAGCGAUAGUGAUAUUCACGGACCUUGGCCGCUUCACACUGGCCGCUAAGCUGCACAAAACUAUCGCGGAGAUAUACGAGUCGGAUGCCACAGACUUGACUCGAUCGGUCCAGCACUACGAGCAAGCCUCCGACUACUUUAGGGGGGAAGAAAAUAACUCGAUGGCGAACAAAUGUCUGCUAAAGGUGGCCCAGUACGCCGCACAAUUUGAAAAUUACCAAAAAGCUAUAGAGAUUUACGAACAGAUAGCCGCGUCCUCAUUGGGAAGCUCCAUUUUAAAGUACCGUGCUAACGAGUACUUUUUUCGCGCCGCAUUGUGCCAUUUAUGCGUCGACUUACUUAACGCCCACUACGCCAUCGAACGAUACCUUAAUCUGCAUCCGGCAUUUGAAGAUACCCGCGAGUAUAAAUUGGUACGAGCGUUACUUGAGCACUGUGAACAGCAAAAUGUCGAUGCGUUUACGGAGUCCGUAAGACAAUACGAUUCCAUCUCACGUUUGGAUCAGUGGUACACUGCGAUAUUGUUACAAAUUAAGAGACGUUACAUCGUUCAGUUUCCAGACUUACGUUAG